AUGGAAUACGAUUACAUUGGAGCUAUCAAAAUAAAAGAUGGGUUAUUUUUAGGAGAUUAAUUUGCUUCAUAGGACUUAGAAUUUAUUGUAACUAAUAAAGUUUCCAGAAUUGUUAAUUGUGCUUGCAAACAAAUUCCAAACCAUUGGGAAUCAAUUGGGAUAGUUUACAUGUCGCUGCCAUGGAUUGACAACGAUACUCAAGUAAUAUUUUAACAAGAGGAACUGAUUAAUUAAGUAAUUAAAUUUAUGGAUGAUGCAUUGAAUAACGGAGAAAGUGUUAUUGUACAUUCAAUUAGAGGACACAAUAGAUCAAUUGCUGUUCUUUGUGUUUAUUUUAUGAAAAAAUAUAGAUGGACACUAUACAAGACCUUACAAUUUAUGCAUAGCAGAAGACCAGAUUUGGAGAUCCGAGCUAAUUUUUUUAAUUAAUUAUUGGCAAUAGAAAGCAAAUUCUAAAAGAACGGAUGGGGUGCAAAAACUUAUAAUUGGGAAGAAGUGUAUUCUCAAGGAGACCCUGAAGAAAUGGUAUUAAGAAACACGUAUUUGAAUGCUUAGCCCUAAGGAGUGGCUGAAUUUAAGGAUCACGAUUAAAAACCGAAAACCUAAAAAUUGCGCUUUGCUGAAAAAAUCACUAUGUAUAUACCACCUUAUGAAAAGAUAGUCUUCAAUAAGAAGAAACAAUCCUAACCUAUAGAAACCAAAUCCUGUCUGACUGGAAAGACAAUCUAAUAUGAAUAGCAAAUUCAAAAAUCUCCUCGACCAGAAACUAAUUUAAUGUCAUAAACUCAACCUUUAUAACCCAUACAGCCUGUUCAUCAAAGACCUUCAUCUCAGGACGUCAAGAGAGUUGUUGCAAAGAGUGAUAGUUCUAAAUUCUAAUAAUUACCUGAAGCUACUUAAUCAUUAAAGCCCAAAAAGCAAGCAAAUAAUUACAUGGACUCAGGAGAAUAAUUCUUUUUGAAAUCAUAGCAAAAAAUCAAUUAGGAAUAAAACUAAGGGAUGGCCUAAAAUGACCGUAGGCCUCAAACAGCACCUAACUAAUUAAGAGCACCUAGACUCUAAGUUACUCCAUAUAAAAAAAAUAGCACUGGAAACUAAAGAUAAGAUUUAACUAUAUAACCAAACACAUAAUUUAAACCUAUGGGUAAUAGGCAAAGAGCUCAUUCACCAAAUGCAGUAUAUAAUGCAAAUCCAUAUGUGUAAAAAUAAUUUAAAACUAAACCUUGGAAAAAGUGA